UACUGCAUGCAGUGUUCGGCAGUCAACAGGUAGGCCGUGAGGGGUGGUUCUCUGCGAGAAGGUGGUCAUGAUGAUUGUGAGAAAGGAUGUCCUGACGGUAGUGCUCAUAACAGCAAUGGCUAGCUGUUGCCUCGCGAAACCAACAGGGGAAGGUAUCUCAAGGCUGUUUAGCAAGAAAGGAGUUGUCAUCCUGCGAAAAGGUCUCCGUCCGAAGUACGAAGUCGUGCACGUUCCCGUGCUGACGGCAAGUAGUGGGACACCUUACGAGACUACGGUGACGGAGAACAGCCAGACGUACCUCACAGGGCCAGCGAUACGACUACUGAACAAGAACAACAACUACGACACAGGCAACCCGUCGGUAUAUUUCCCGUUACUCCCUGUUAAGCAUUCGCAAGGCUAACAAGAACAGCAACUACGACACAGGCAACCCGUCGGUAUAUUUCCCGUUACUCCCUCUUAAGCAUUCCCAAGGCUAACAAGAACAGCAACUACGACACAGGCAACCCGUCGGUAUAUUUCCCGUUACUCCCUGUUAAGCAUUCCCAAGGCUAACAAGAACAGCAACUACGACACAGGCAACCCGUCGGUAUAUUUCCCGUUACUCCCUGUUUUAAGCAUUCCCAAGGCUAACAAGAACAGCAACUACGACACAGGCAACCCGUCGGUAUAUUUCCCGUUACUCUCUCUUAAGCAUUCGCAAGGCUAACAAGAACAGCAACUACGACACAGGCAACCCGUCGGCAUAUUUCACCUUACUCCCUGUUAAGCAUUCGCAAGGCUAACAAGAACAGCAACUACGACACAGGCAACCCGUCGGCAUAUUUCACGUUACCACCUGUUAAGCAUUCGCAAGGCUAACAAGAACAGCAACUACGACACAGGCAACCCGUCGGCAUAUUUCCCGUUACUCCCUGUUAAGCAUUCGCAUGGCUAACAAGAACAACAACUGUAAGACACAGGCAACCCGUCAGUAUAUUUUCCCUUACUCCCUGUGAAACAAUCGCAAGGCUAGCGAAUCACUCGUAUCGAAAUACACGCAAGGCUAGCGAAUCACUCGUAUCGAAAUACACGCAAGGCUAGCGAAUCACUCGUAUCGAAACACACGCAAGGCUAGCGAAUCACUCGUAUCGAAAUACACGCAAGGCUAGCGAAUGACUCGUAUUGAAAUACACGCAAGGCUAGUGAAUCACUCGUAUCGAAAAACGUAUGGCUAGCGAAUCACUCGUAUUGAAACACGCAAGGCUAGCGAAUCACUUGUAUUGAAACACACGCAAGGCUAGCGAAUCACUCGCAUUGAAACACACACAAGGCUAGCGAAUCACUCGCAUUGAAACACAAGCAAGGCUAGCGAAUCACUCGUGUCGAAACACGUAUGGCUAGCAAAUCACUCGUACUGAAACACACGCAAGGCUAGCGAAUCACUCGUAUUGAAACACAUGCAAGGCUAGCGAAUCACUCGUAUUGAAACACACGCAAGGCUAGCGAAUCACUCGUAUUGAAACACACGCAAGGCUAGCGAAUCACUCGUAUUAAAACACACGCAAGGCUGGCGAAUCAUUCGUAUCGAAACACGCAAGGCUAGCGAAUCACUCGUAUUGAAACACACGCAAGGCUAGCGAGUCACUCGUAUUGAAACACACGCAAGGCUGGCGAGUCACUCGUAUUGAAACACACGCAAGGCUGGCGAGUCACUCGUAUUGAAACACACGUAGGGCUAGCGAGUCACUUGUUUUGAAGCACACGCAAGGCUAGCGAGUCAGUCGUAUUGAACUCAUCUAAGGCUAGCGAGUAACUCGUAUUGAAACACACGUAAGGCUAGUGAAUCACUCGUAUCGAAACACACGCGAGGCUAGCGAAUCACUCGUAUUGAAACACACGCAAAGCUAGCGAAUCACUCGUAUCGAAACACACGCAAGGUUAGCGAAUCACUCGUCUUAACACACACCCAAGGCUAGCGAAUCACUUGUAUUGAAACACACGCAAGGCUAGCGAAUCACUCGUAUCGAAACACACGCAAGGCUAGCGAAUCACUCGUAUUAAAAAACACGCAAGGCUAGCGAAUCACUUGUAUUGAAACACACGCAAGGCUAGCGAAUCACUCGUAUUAAAACACACGCAAGGCUAGCGAAUCACUCGUAUUGAAACACACGCAAGGCUAGCGAAUCACUCGUAUUGAAACACACUCAAGGCUAGCGAAUCACUCGUAUCAAAACACACGCAAGGAUAGCGAAUCACUCGCAUCGAAACACGCAAGGCUAGCGAAUCACUCGUAUUGAAACACACGCAAGGCUAGCGAAUCACUCGUAUCGAAACACACGCAAGGCUAGCGAAUCACUCGUAUUGAAACACACGCAAGGCUAGCGAAUCACUCGUAUCGAAACACACGCAAGGCUAGCGAAUCACUCGUAUUGAAACACACGCAAAGCUAGCGAAUCACUCGUAUUGAAACACACGCAAGGCUAGCGAAUCACUCGAAUUGAAACACACGCAAGGCUAGCGUCGCUCGCACUCGAAGCAAGUGCAAACCUAGUUACUCGCAAAGGAGAACUAACAUAGGCAGAAGUAAGAAUUCUAGAUUGCUCUUACCAAUCUCACAGCAUGUAACGUGAUGUGGUAGUGUGAUUAGCGUGAUGUGGUAACGUGCCUUUACUGUGUGUGUAGGGGGUAGGAGGUUCUUAGACUGGAAACCGGGAGAAACGGGAAAAAUUGAUGUUUAUGUUUUGACAAAUUAAAACUGUAAAAAUUAAAAUAUAUAAAAAAUGGUUGAGAGAUAUGAAGUCCGAAGGUGAACCAAAAGCCGAUCAUGUGAAUAAGGGAGUUAUGAAGAUCAAUAGCGAAUCACUCGUAUUGAAACACAUGCAAGGCUAGCGAAUCACUCGUAUUGAAACACACGCAAGGCUAGCGAAUCACUCGUAUUGAAACACACGCAAGGCUAGCGAAUCACUCGUAUUAAAACACACGCAAGGCUGGCGAAUCAUUCAUAUCGAAACACGCAAGGCUAGCGAAUCACUCGUAUUGAAACACACGCAAGGCUAGCGAGUCACUCGUAUUGAAACACACGCAAGGCUGGCGAGUCACUCGUAUUGAAAUACACGCAAGGCUGGCGAGUCACUCGUAUUGAAACACACGUAGGGCUAGCGAGUCACUUGUUUUGAAGCACACGCAAGGCUAGCGAGUCAAUCGUAUUGAACUCAUCUAAGGCUAGCGAGUAACUCGUAUUGAAACACACGUAAGGCUAGUGAGUCACUCGUAUCGAAACACACGCGAGGCUAGCGAAUCACUCGUAUUGAAACACACGCAAAGCUAGCGAAUCACUCGUAUCGAAACACACGCAAGGUUAGCGAAUCCCUCGUCUUAACACACACCCAAGGCUAGCGAAUCACUUGUAUUGAAACACACGCGAAAUAGCGAAGACUCGUAUUGAAACACACGCAAGGCUAGCGAAUCACUCGUAUCGAAACACACGCAAGGCUAGCGAAUCACUCGUAUUGAAACACACGCAAGGCUAGCGAAUCACUCGUAUCGAAACACACGCAAGGCUAGCGAAUCACUCGUAUUGAAACACACGCAAGGCUAGCGAAUCACUCGUAUUGAAACACACGCAAGGCUAGCGAAUCACUCGAAUUAAAACACACGCAAGGCUAGCGUCGCUCGCACUCGAAGCAAGUGCAAACCUAGUUACUCGCAAAGGAGAACUAACAUAGGCAGAAGUAAGAAUUCUAGAUUGCUCUUACCAAUCUCACAGCAUGUAACGUGAUGUGGUAGUGUGAUUAGCGUGAUGUGGUAACGUGCCUUUACUGUGUGUGUAGGGGGUAGGAGGUUCUUAGACUGGAAACCGGGAGAAACGGGAAAAAUUGCUGUUUAUGUUUUGACAAAUUAAAACUGUAAAAAUUAAAAUAUAUAAAAAAUGGUUGAGAGAUAUGAAGACCGAAGGUGAACCAAAAGCCGAUCAUGUGAAUAAGGGAGUUAUGAAGAUCAAUAACCUCUCUUCUCGAUAUUCGCACAUGGCAUUCCACCUGCCUCGAGACCUCAACAUCCCUCGCGUCCGGGAAUAUUCAGUGCUUACUGUACUACCAACGUGAUCUCAUAUAAACAUUCGCAAUUGUUUAUAAUAUUUUUUGCUGGUGGACUAUUAUUCCUUUAAGGGCAUACCCUACAUCUAGUAAACAAAAUCAUAGCCUUACUGUUUGAAGAAGAGCCAAGUCGCCCGUCCAAAGCGAUCGUGAUGUCUCGCCGUGCACUGUUCCUACUGUACUCGCUGAUUGCCGUGGGCGAUGAAGUACUUUGUAGGCCGCAUUAUGGAGCCCCUAUCGCCCAUCCCAAGCAGUUCGCCGGUGUGAGCAACAACCCCGCCUACACCGCCACUAAAAAGCAGGCCAUAAUCGCAGUUCCACCGGUCACUACCUCAAACCUACGCGGUCCAUACUUACCCCCAGCUGACGCCGAUAAUCAGAUAUUUCUCCCCCAUCAUGGUUUCCAUGGAUACCAUACUGGACUGCACUUCCGCCAUGGGUACUAUGUGCCGCGUCACGAGGGCUUGUACCGGCAUCUGUACCCCAACCACCUCACGGGACGGUACCACUGGUUACACGGCAGUCUUCCAUACCGGCGUCUCCACCCAUUCGGGUAUCACGACAUAACACGCAUUCCUAUUGGCUACCACAAUCACGUGCCUCUGGGUAUGCUCAACCACUACAACCUAUACGACGCUCACUGGCCGCAUAUGGACGUGUCCGGACCGGUCGCAGUUUCGGACCCAAAUGACGGUCUGUACCAAGUCCCUGGUACAGGGGCCCUCAUACCACGCCCGAUAAUGCCCCAACAGUACCCAGUCCUCUUGGACCACAGCAGUAACAUGGCGGGGGAAAACGGGCCGGGGGUCGUGUUCCUCGGAGGGACAAUGAAAAGCGCUAUUCCUGUCGACCCGUCUUCGGUAGAAAACCAGAUUCUGGAAAAUAGCGCUAAUCUUCACGACUCUCCUAAACACGAAGUGCAACAAAGACUGGAACUAAGCUCCACUUGAGUGUGAUUCAGGGCCGACCGAGUUGAGAUUUUACUUGUAUAAAACCUAAAGGAGGCAAUGAUGACUUGCAAAUAGGGGACUUCCAUUAGGAGAUCACGUGAACUUUUGGGUGUCAAAUUCAAAACAAAAUAAACACAGAGAUAAAUGCGCCGUCAAGACAGAAAACGACGAAAAAAUAAAAUAUUUAAAUGAGAAUAAAACCUUUCUGAACAUAAAUUUUCUUGCUGAUGCUAAUAGAACCUCUUUUUCGUUACUGUUAUUUUGCGGCUAAAAGCCUGUGCGCGAGCUAGUUGGCCACCCAAAAAGUCACGUGAUCCCUUAGCCCUCUUAGUCCCUAUUCUGAUGAGAUGUUAGAAAGUCGCGCUUUUCACUGAUGUGCACUUAUAACAAUUACCCAUUGACAGUAAAACAAUAAUUUACUAUACAUAUAGAUUAUUACAUGCAUUGAACUUA